GGCGCACAAAAUCAGAAACUGACACCAUACACACUGGUCAGCAAAUCCUGGCAACCCGCGUUUGAGAAGCAAAUUUAUUCCUCUGUGGUUCUGCUCAGUCCUUCUGAGGUCACGAGCAUCACUGUCAGUCCUGAUCAGCGUGUCCAAAAACGUGGUUUGAGUUUGGCCAGACUUGACGAGAUUACCAGCGGCCCAGAGCACUGGCGGGUAGUAAGAAGGAAAUGGGUAAGGAGGAUUCUUUACAGAGUCGCGGUUCCAUACUGGCUGGAUCCGGGACGCGAGAAAGACGAUGACUUCACUUAUGACAACAUCUGUCGACGCGAGAACGAUGAGACGUUUUCCAGAGGCGUUUCUCUUGACAUUGCCUUGCAGGCAGAGAACGCCUCAUCGGACGAGGACAGUGGUGAACCCGAGUCUUCAACAGCGAGCGGCGAUAGUGACCAAAUUGCACCUUAUCGUGCAGAUCUCCUGCCCGACUGUUCUCUGCCUCGUGCUAGAUGCAUAACAUCGCUGAACUGCCCCACCCACCUGACCCCUGCCAUGAUCCCUGGCGAAUACGGUAUCCUCGACCGACCUUGCGCGGAGAAUCAAAUCUCUCUUCCCGCAGUGUUCAAGAUUCUUUCGGCAUGUGGUGCUGUGCAAGAGGUCCGACUCGACGCUACCUCUUUCAUCCCAUCAACGGAACCCGAGAUGCUUCAAGAGUAUCGAAUGAGGAUUGUAAACGGCUUGUUCCAACUACCAUCGAGCAUUCGAAGCCUCAAUUUCUGCUGGAGUCCAACAUUUCAAUCUGAGGUGUCCGAGACGAGACCAUUGGAUGGGAGCACUGAACCAGACUCAUUGUGCAUAGCACUUCACAAGAUUUCUACGCGGCUGCAGCACCUGCACAUUGAAGAUGUGGCAGUGUUCCCUGAGCUUUUUUGCCCACAUGGUCCACCAAGGUCAUCCGGAGCAUACUGGCCACACCUCGAA